AUGUAAAUUUUUGUUAAGACUUUAACUCGAAAAACUAUUACUCUUGGCUUGGAGGUAUCAGAUACUAUCGAAGGUAUUAAGGCUAAGAUUCAAGAUAAGGAAGGUAUUCCCCCUGAUUAAUAAAGACUAAUUUUUGCUGGCAAGCAACUUGAUGACGGAAAAACUUUAUCAGACUAUAAUAUACAAAAAGAAUCAACUCUCCAUUUAGUUUUGAGAUUAAGAGGCGGUAUGCAAAUAUUCGUUAAGACUUUGACUGGUAAAACUGUUACUUUAGAUCUUGAACCUUGUGAUACUAUUGAAAAUGUUAAGGCUAAGAUACAAGACAAGGAAGGAAUUCCUCCUGAUCAAUAAAGACUGAUAUUUGCUGGUAAACAACUUGAUGAUAGUAAAACUAUUUCUGAUUACAAUAUUUCAAAGGAAUCUACUCUUCAUUUAGUCUUAAGAUUGAGAGGUGGCAUGUAAAUUUUUGUUAAGACCUUGACUGGUAAGACAAUUACGUUAGAUCUUGAAGUUUCUGAUACUAUUGAAAAUGUUAAAUCUAAGAUUCAAGACAAAGAAGGUAUUCCACCUGAUCAAUAAAGACUAAUUUUUGCUGGCAAGCAACUUGAUGACGGAAAAAUUUUAUCAGACUAUAAUAUACAAAAAGAAUCAACUCUCCAUUUAGUUUUGAGAUUAAGAGGCGGUAUGCAAAUAUUCGUUAAGACUUUGACUGGUAAAACGGUUACUUUAGAUCUUGAAUCUUGUGAUACUAUUGAAAAUGUUAAAGCCAAGAUCCAAGACAAGGAAGGAAUCCCUCCUGAUCAAUAAAGACUGAUAUUUGCUGGUAAACAACUUGAUGAUAGUAAAACUAUUUCUGAUUACAAUAUUUCAAAGGAAUCUACUCUUCAUUUAGUCUUAAGAUUGAGAGGUGGCAUGUAAAUUUUUGUUAAGACCUUGACUGGUAAGACAAUUACGUUAGAUCUUGAAGCUUCUGAUACUAUUGAAAAUGUUAAAUCUAAGAUUCAAGACAAAGAAGGAAUUCCUCCUGAUUAAUAAAGACUGAUUUUUUCAGGUAAAUGCCUCGAAGAUACUAGGACCCUUUCUGAUUACAAUAUCUAAAAAGAGUAAACUCUUCACUUAGUUUUAAGACUAAGAGGUGGUUAUAUAAGUAUAUGA